AUGGCACCACCGCACGAUAUCCGACGUCCGUUCAAGAGACCAACAAUCUCCGACCAACAGCGCCGUCGAGACCUAAGUCUACAGCGGCAAGCACAGAGCCGCCGUGAUGCUCAACAUCAAGCUCGAUGCUUAGCCUCUACUGUCCUCUCUCUCCAAUCCCAAACCACCCCUGAACCCGAACCGGAUAUCGAGCUUGAACUCGUACCCGAAACCGAAGAAUCUGGAGCUCCAUCGCAAGAACUCGAUGUCCGUCACGCAGCGAAGCUUAAAGGAGCCGAAGCUCGUAAAUGGUUCGCCAAACAGUUAAUGCUACCUGAGUGGAUGAUUGAUGUUCCCGAUCGAUUAAGCGAUGACUGGUAUGUAUUUGCAAGGCCAGCCGGAAAACGGUGUUUUGUGGUGUCAACAAACGGAACGACAGUCAGUAGGCAACGAAAUGGAUCAAUACUACAUCGUUUUCCUUCUGCUUUACCUAACGGAGCUAAGAAAAGAGAUGGUUCCGGUCCCAAUCAGUCUUAUUGUAUAUUAGACUGCAUUUUUCACGAGUUGGAUCAGACUUAUUAUGUGAUUGAUAUGGUGUGUUGGAGGGGAUACUCGCUAUAUGAUUGCGCGGCAGAAUUCCGGUUUUUUUGGUUGAAUUCUAAGCUUGGAGAGACCGGAGCUUGUGAACCUCCUUCAUUUUAUCACAAGUACAGGUUCAGUACAGUUCCGGUUUAUAAUUGUGAUCAGAAUGGUUUGUUUUCUGCAUAUUCAGGAGCUGUGCCGUAUACUAAGGAUGGAUUAUUGUUUUAUAACAAGCAUGCACAUUAUCAGACAGGAAAUACACCACUAGCAUUAGUCUGGAAGGAUCAGAACUGUAGCCAAUAUGUCAUUGACACUGAUAGUAAAGGACAGGUUCCAAGCCAGCAACAGGUAGUUUUAGAGCUACAAGUUGAUGGAAAACUGGUUACAUCAGAUGAUCCUCCUGUGGUAUUUGGUUGUUUGGAUUCAGAUUUUAUCCAAAAGUCAGGACUGUGCUCAGGAAAUCUUCUUCGUUUUGCUAUAAGUGAUGGAGGGCUGAGUUUUGUGGAUGGAAAGCUUGCUAAGGCUGACUUACAUUAUCUCGAGAAGCCCAAUCGAGCACGUGCAUUUGCAGAUAGUUACUCGAAGAUUAUGUUCCAGCACACUGUCCGGCAUUGCCCUUUAAAAAUUGAUGAUCUACUAGGGUCUAUUUCCUCAGCAGAUGAUCAACGAAACAAACCUUGUGACAUCGAGAUGGGAAUUCCAAUUCAUGAUGUUUUAAUUGUUUGGAUCGAUGAACAAGCCAUAUUCAGGAUUUUGGUUGACCUGAUAUGGCUUCUGGAAGCAUGA